GCCGCCCGCGGCACGGUGAAUCCGCCUACGGCCGCCCCAGCCAACCAGCGCAGCCGGCUGGGGUUCGGCCAACCUCCACCCCACCCCACUCCCGUCGUCACCGGGGGCCAACACAUGGAUCGAUUCCUCAUUCCUCGCCGUCGUCAUCAUGACGGCGGCGGCGACACGUUCGUCGCGGUGCCGGCGCCAGUGCGCAUACGCCCCGAGUGCGACCCACUGCCGCUUCCACUCCCACUCCGUUCCCACUCGCGCGCGCCAGCCAGCCAUCGCCCGCCCCGCCCGCUUGCUUCCCCGACUUGUCUACUCCCACCACCAUCCGCGGCACUUCCCUCUGACUCGAUCCUCUAUCCCUCCCUCUCCUUUCGCUUUCGCCUUUGCGCCGGCGUGCGCACUUAUCUGCUGGCGGGGUCCGGACGGCGACGGGGGGUGCGAGUCCGGGCGUCCAUCCAUCCAAACCCAGCUCCCGAGCAGGAACCGGUCGUGUCGCUGGCUAGCGGGGGUAGGUGGGUCGCCGGGUAACAGGCCGGCGCCAGAAGCGCUUCUAGUUCUUGACCUCGCCGCCUCGACUUGACGGGCCACGGAAAUUGGUGGUGGGUCCAUGCCUCCUCCUCCUCCUUCUCCGCGGCACCGGCAGGAGCGCCGCGGGUGCGGCUGCUGGGCCGUGCUCGCGCGGGGGCUGCGGGGCUCCUGCUUCCGCCCGGCGGCGGCCGCGGCCGACGCCCCGGCCGGGGCCGCGGUCAAAGGCGGCCAUGUCUACGACGCAGCGGAGACGAGAUACCUAAACUCUAGCAAUCGAGAUCUUGCAGAUCAUUUUCAGGGGAAGCUUGGUGACGAAAAUGGUGUUGACUCAUCAAUUGAGAAGAAAAUAUCACCCAAGCUACUUGAAUUCACUUUCCAAGAGCUGAAAUCUGCCACUGUUAACUUCAGACCAGACAGUAUUCUCGGAGAAGGUGGAUUUGGGUAUGUGUUCAAGGGGUGGAUUGAGCCAAACAGUACAGCUCCUGCAAAACCUGGCACUGGUCUGACUGUAGCUGUCAAAAGUCUGAAGGAAAAUGCUCUUCAAGGUCAUAGAGAAUGGGUGGCGGAAGUUGACUUUCUGGGACAGCUGCAUCACAAACAUCUUGUUAAGCUGAUUGGAUACUGUAUUGAGGAUGACCAAAGGCUGCUUGUGUAUGAAUUCAUGGCACGGGGAAGUCUAGAAAAUCAUCUUUUCAGAAGGACUCUUCCCCUACCUUGGCCGUGCAGGAUGAAGGUUGUUCUUGGUGCUGCUAAAGGUCUAGCCUUCCUACAUGUUGGUCCCAAACCAGUUAUUUACAGGGAUUUUAAGACAUCAAAUAUUCUUAUCGAUGCGGAGUACAAUUCAAAACUUUCAGAUUUUGGGCUCGCAAAAGCUGGCCCCCAAGGUGAUAAAACCCAUGUCUCUACUCGAGUUCUUGGCACCUAUGGCUAUGCUGCGCCCGAGUAUGUAAUGACAGGCCACUUAACAACCAAGAGCGACGUAUAUAGCUUCGGAGUCGUGCUGCUGGAGGUGCUGACUGGCAGGAGAUCAGUGGACAAGAAGCGACCUCCAGGGGAGCAGAACCUCGUUGCAUGGGCGAGGCCGUAUCUGAGCGACCGGCGAAGGCUCUAUCAGCUCGUAGACCCUCGCCUGGGACUGAACUAUUCCGUCAGAGGUGUUCAGAAGAUUGCCCAGAUCUGCCACCACUGCCUCAACCGUGACAGCAAGUCGCGCCCGAUGAUGGACGAGGUUGUCAAGCAUCUGACGCCGCUGCAGGACCUUAACGACAUGGCCGCCGCGUCGUAUAGGCCCCGGUCAUCACCCCGUGGAAAGGCGCGGCGGUGAUUGCCAGUCUGACACGAGAAAAACGGCAUAUCUAUGAUUUCUUGGCAUUGUUGGAUGCUGGUCUUGUUUUAACUGUACAGAAAAAAAAAAGAUUGGGCUCCAUGUCCAACGAAAAUUGGAGCUCUGACACCCAUGUCUCGCUUAGAUCAAUCAGACUGUUUUUGCCUGUUGCCUAAGCGAAUCGAUGACAUUGUCUGAUUGUGAUAUGUUGUAAUAAUAAUGAGUUAAUAUCU